UACGUCCAUUAGAAAUGGGCCUGACCGUUAAUGGACGCGACACACUCCAACUCCCGUGAUGCAACUGGGCAUGCACUGAUCCAAGCCCAUUGGGGUCGGACGGUCCCCCCUCCAGGCUCCAGCAGCUCAUCACCGUUGUGCUGCAGAUCCGCUCGAACAGAAAUGGCAGCAGCCUUGUCCCGUGCCCUCAAACUACCCGGGAAAAAGGGCUCGGAGCUGGGGGAGUACGACCCACUCACACAAGCGGACAGCGAGGACGAGAGCGAAGAGGAUGAUCUCGUCCUUAACUAUCCCCGAAACGGUUUGGGCCGGGACACCUUCCACGGCGGCGGCAACACAAAGCUGCGGGGAGGUAGAGCCGGACGACUCGUGGCUGCCGGAGACGAGGCACAGGAUGAUGAGGACGAAUGGAGAGAGCGGCUCCCCAGCAAAUCCCAGCAGGACAGAGAUGACAUGAAAGGCGGGCAGUACUGGAGCCCAUUGAGGGAGGACAGGGACCAGCUGGGGGGAUCUAGACUGAGGGUUCACGGGACUGAUGAAGAAGAGAAGAGGAUGAGGAGGAAGAAUGCUGUGCGGACAUCCCUUUUCCUGGUGCCUCUAGUCUGUGCCAUGCUUCUUGUGCUGCUUUGUGCGUUCCUGAUUCCCUGUCAGAAGGGAGCACUGGCAAAGAGGCCACAAUGGGAAAUAGCACUUGGGGAUGCAGGAGGUGUAAUUCCACCUGCACUUGCAUUAUGGGAUGUCGAUGGUGAUUCAGUGGAUGAUGUGCUACUCAGUGUGACUGAGUGGACCAAUGACACACAUCCCACACAAGGAAACGAAAUUUACAGCGCUGUGGUUCUCUCUGGUGCUACUGGGCAGCUACUAUGGAGGAAAGUGAUGUGGGAGUCUGUCAUGUACAUCCAGUGUGGCCUGCAGCUCAGCACUAAGCCAUUACCUGUGUGUCUCCUCAUUGGGAAGUCUAUCAUCAUGGCUGUCAAUGGCACCACUGGGAAGAACUUGUGGUCCGUGCUGCUGAGGAACAUUGAAUCGCAGGCAGUGUUACUCCCAGAUCUUCAGGGAGACUCAGUCCCAGAUCUGCUCAUAGCCACCCUGCCUGCCAAUGAGGCUCUGGAUCUCUCCCUGACUUUAAUUUCUGGCCUGACUGGAGCGACACUCGGACAGUCUGUGUCGUUCAACCUCACUGGACAAGGGAAUCUGAUUGGUCCUCUUCUGCAUGUGACGCAACAGGGGGCACCCUACAUCCUGUUUGGCCUAGGGAAUGUCGUAGCCAUCUCACUGCGGGAUCUUUACAUCUGUGCUACGAGCAAGUUACCAAUGACUCCGACACUAAGAAGGAAGGAUCCUUUGUGGGAGGGACUGAAGAAAACAAAUUCCUCCUCCUUUAUACACAUUUUCAGAGGGUCUGAGCGUGUGACGUUCUUGCUGCCCCUAGUGGCCGGUUUUGGCACCUGCCACAACAACCUGGACACAGUCUCUAACAUGAAUUCCAGCAAGAGUGACUGGUUGUUAGUGUACGGCUUCAGCAAAAUAUCUUUGCUCAGACACAGGGAUGUACGCAAACAGUGGACAUUUAACUCUGCCCCUAUACACAGCCAACCAACUCCAGGACACUUUAAUGAUGACGGAAUCCUCGAUCUUUUCUUUCAGCACUCUGCAAACGGCAUUAUGAAGGCGCAGGUGAUUGAUGGGGCAAAUGGCCGUCCUCUCUGGACGGCACAGUUUGUGUGCCCCCGUCUUGUUUUGGAAACAGCAGCGGUCUCCACUUCGACUGGCUUGUCAGCUUUUGUCUUCUGGGCCAGCGAGCCAAUCACUGGACAGAAGAAUAUCACCAAGGCAACUGUGGCUCUGGGUGUUGCGGCAGCAGAGCCAUUCAUCAGAAAGCUCUUCCUGUUGCACCCUGCUUAUCCAACAAUCCUGCUGGAGCUGGCCAGUACCACAGAUACUGCAGUCGCCGCUGCAGUGAGUUACGAGGAGCGCCAGAAAGAUGCGUCCUACAUCACCGUGUCCUCGCGGCCGACACCCGACUCGAAGCCCGCCGCUCACAUAGUGAAGAACAUGAGGCUCCGCGCAGCCAUCGCAAAAGGACAAAUUGUCAUAUUAGGCGAGCGCAACAAAACUGGGACAGCUCUUAAACCUGACAUGUUUGAACUCGACAUGUUCUACAGACACUUGUUCUUCAAACAUCAGGUGAGGGAGUCAAAAUCCUUUCAAUAAAGAUUUUAUUUGACCUUGAUUAUGGUGAGCAUGCAUUGUUACCACAAUCAAUGUAAUACUGGGUUUGGAUCCAAUUUUGUUAAACUUCAUGAAUUUGUUAAUUCUGUUUUUUUUUUUUUUUUUUAAGUAACGUGCUGCUUUUUUUUUUUUUAAUCAUGCUGUGACACAAAGAUAGGUACAACUGGAUAGCACUGCACGAACGAGGGCUUCAUUUGAAGCCGUUUACAUCUCAUUAGUUUAAUUAGUAUUUCAUUUCUGUUACUUAAAUGUGAAAUGUUUUGCUUUUUAGUCGUGGUGUUAUUUAUGAGGUUUACUCAAAUACUUUUAUUUAUUUAAAUGUCAUUUUAAGGAUCUUUCUAACAUUUUAUUGAAUGUUUAAUGAUUGUUUGGACUUGAUCACAGCACUUUGUUUUAAUGAAAGGAAGUGUAUGUUUUACUUCAUGCUUAUAACUCUUCCAUGGCCAGUGUUGUAUAUUCUCAGAUAAAGAAUCACUAGAGUCCCUUGAAACGAUCACAUGAUAAUUUACAGUUGCUAUGGAUGUAAAUAGUGAUUGCUGUACAGUAUUUAUUGAGUUGUCGUCUGUUAUAUUUUGUAUUAUUAAACGCUGUGGUUUUUCUUACUUGGCUGCUCACCAGUACGAUAUUUUAUUGUAAGCUGCAACUUCCUGUACUACAAAUAUGAAAAUAAAUUCUUUCUGCAA